AUGUCCGUCCUUCAAGCAGCUGCUGAUCUUUCUUUUUGGAGUCCGAUCAUUCUUUUCUUCAUCGGAGUACCGGGCGCUUUCGUUUCUCUCAUUGUUUUCACUACAACAAAACAAUGUCGACAUUCGCCAACUGUUUACUAUGUUGUUGGCCAAUCACUCUCCGAUGUUGCCAUUCUGCUGAUUGUUCUUCUCCAGAGUAUUCCGUCGACAUCGAUGUCAACAUCUUCCAUUUCAUGCAAACUCUUGGUUUUCUUUAGUCAGUUAACAGUUGCAUCUGCGAUGACAUUUCUUUGUUUGUCCGCAUUCGACCGGUGGGCAUGCACAUCGAGAUCUGUUACUGUCCGUCAGCUCAGUUCACUUCAUACUGCUCGUUGUAUUUUUCCGUUUCCUUUUAUUGUGUGGACGUUGAUCAACAUUCCUUAUCUAAUCUACUGCGAUGUACUUCCGUCGAUAUCGAGUUGUGUAUUCACGAAUGCUGUUUUUGCACGAGUUUCUGUGUAUUUCCUUGCACCCAUCUUCUCUACUCUUCUUCCCCUUUUUGUUCUGAUGAUAUUUUGUAUGUUGACGUAUCGUAAUAUUCGUCUUGUCACGCACAGUCAUAUUCAACAACAACAACACUCUGUUCGAGCGCGUUCAUCAACGUGGGAACAACAGAUGACAAGAAUGAUGAUUGCACAAACGGUUUUCAGCGUUUUAUGUACACUACCCCGAAGCGUAUUUCUUAUUUACACAAUAGCAACGGUGGAUGAACGUGCGAUGAGAAGUUAUGAUCAGAUUGUUGUUGAACUCCUGAUUGAUCAAAUCACUUUGUUUAUUGUGUCGUUAAAUUUUGCUUCGUCCUUCUACAUCUACUUUCUUUCUUCAGCGCGUCUUCGAGCGACAAUCACAUCGCUAGUGAGAAAUCUUUUUACUUUAAAACAUAAUCAAGUCGUUCCUUGUAGCAUGCCUCUAUCAACACACCCGUUUACAGCAACCAAACAGCACUGA